AACGGCCGACGACACAUGGCCGUUCAUUCGGUUAUCCACAUCCGAGAAAAAAAUAGUGCUAAAAUUUAUAAACACAAAUUUUAAAUUAAGAAUUAAGUCGAUUUUUAUAUUCUAUCAACUGUACAAUACACAGUGGCAGCGCAAUCAUGUCUUCAGUAGGCAACGUGGUAGUCCUACUCUCGUGCUUUUUGGCCGGCACUUCGGCGUUACAAAAGCUCACCGAGUUGUUCAGCUGGUCGUCUUUGGAUUACACUUUUGCCAGCGAUGAACAUAAGAGCUACGCGCUCGAAAGGGGCGAAUUCGUGCCGGAAAACAAUUUACCCGUCGGCAUUGAAGUUUGGAAAAACAAGCUGUUCGUCACCGUACCUCGAUGGGCUAACGGCGUUCCUUCGACAUUGAACUACAUACCAUUAGACGUGAGCUCGACCCCGUCGCCAAAAUUGACCCCUUACCCGAAUUGGGCGUAUAACAGGGAAGGCAAUUGUGACGGAUUGACGACCACCUACAGAGUAAAAGCCGACACGUGCAACAGGCUAUGGGUUUUGGAUUCAGGAACCGUCGGAAUCGGCAACACUACUAAGCAAGUAUGUCCGUACGCCAUCCACGUAUUUGACUUGACCACGGAUAAAGUUCUGAGGAAGUACACUCUACGACCGGAAGACACCAACGACCGUACGUUCAUCGCGAACAUUGCCAUCGAUAUCGGAUCUAAAGGAUGUGAAGACACGUUCUUGUACGCGUCCGAUGAACUCGGCUAUGGGCUGAUCUCCUACAGUUGGGAGUUGAACACUUCUUGGAGACACACCCACAGCUUUUUAAUGCCCGACCCAUUAGCCGGCGAUUUUAACAUCGGAGGUUUGAAUUUCCAAUGGGGCGAGGAAGGCGUUUUCGGUAUCACGGUAUCGCCGUUCCUCGAAGACGGUUUCCGUUUGUUGUUCUUCCAUCCGUUGGCCAGCAACCGAGAGUUUGCCGUCUCCACUAAAUUCUUGCGGGACCCCAAGAUCACAUCCGAAGAAAUCUACCACGACUUUGUUGUCUUGGAAUCCCGGGGACCCGGAGGUCACAUCACAGCCCACUACAUGAACGACGACGGAAUCCUGUUCUUCAACCUGAUCGACCGGAACGCUGUGGGCUGUUGGAACUCCAAAGUACCGUACGAACCCAAGUCGUUGGACAUCAUUGACUGGGACGACACCGCGUUGAUCUUCCCGAGCGACGUCAAAGUAGACUCUCUCAGUAAUUUGUGGGUCAUGUCCGACAGGAUGCCCAACCAUUUGAUAGACAAACUCGAUUUUACCGACAUUAACUUUAGAAUUUUCUACGCUCCCCUGGACAAGGCGUUGGCGGGCACCGUUUGUGCCAACAGUAUCCCGUACGCUCCAUACUUGUCCAACCAAAUUGCUCCGAAACCCUACUAGACCCGUUUCAAAAUCAAUAAACUAUUUGUACACAUUCGCCGAGUGCACUCUAUCCAACCGUUACACGCGUUUCAUUUAUCGCACUUAAAUUUUUUUUAAAAAAUCAUGUACAUCGUGUUGACGUGUAUCUGAUACUAUCAGAUUACUAUAUAAAAUCGAACACAUUCUACAGUUUGAAUGCGUUCGGUUUACCCACAUGCAAUUCGACACAACCAAUUAAACUUGAUUUGUCUCGAUCGCUUGUUGAGUUUCAUUAAAUUAUUGUAAUUUUCAUCACUUAUUGUUUAUUGAUACAUAAUCAUCGUUUCUGUACUCAUAGUUUGUGUAUUAUGUACAUUAUGUAGUUUAUAAAUGAUUGUAUAAUAACUUAUAUUUUAGUAGCUAUUAUUAUGUAAAAUUGUAAUCAUCCAGUGUAAAUUAUUACUUAAAUUCAAUCACUUUAAUGAAAGAGAAAACAAUUUAUAAUGUAUAUUUUUCAAGUUCUUACGUUGUCACUUUUUAAUUUAUAACAAAAUAUUUUCGUGUAUUUGAUAUCAUCAAUCAUUAAACACAAUACACGCA